AUGUCAGUCAUCGAGGUUGUGUACAAUGGCCCAAUUUCUGUCAUAACACUCAACAAACCCAACAAGUUGAAUGCUUUGACCAAAGAUGAAUUCUACCAGCUCGCGCGCACACUUCAGGAAGUCAGUACACAUGACGAAGUGAUAGCGACUGUCUUGACAGGCAAUGGAAGGUUUUUUUCGGCUGGCGCGGACGUGUCGUUCUCCAGAAAGACACCCGAGGGCACAGACUUGUAUCGACAUAACCUGACCGUCACAGUAGCCAGUAAAAUGAAUCUUGCACGGGCGUUCUAUACGCACCCGAAGAUCUUGGUGGUAGCCCUCAACGGUCCCGUAGUUGGUAUGGCUGCUGCACUCAUUGCUUUCGCCGAUUUUAUUUAUUGCACGCCGGAAACAUAUCUCUUGACACCAUUCGCUAGCUUGGGCCUGAUCAGCGAAGGGGUCUCGUCGAUCGCUUUCGCAGAGCGCAUGGGAAUCUCAAAAGCAAAUGAAGCUCUGAUCCUGUCGAAGCGAAUUGCCAGCAAUGAGUUGAUUCAAGCGGGUUUUGUGAACCAGAUAUUCGAUUGCCCCGCGGAUUUAUUUCGGAGUGAGGUUCUAAAGGAGGUCAAGGAAAGGUUUCACGAUGGUUUGAAUGCUUCAAGCAUGUUGGAGAUUAAGAAGAUGAUUAGACAGCGAUCGAGACGGGAACUGGAUGCGCAGAAUGUUGAUGAGGUGUUUGGAGCUCUGGAAAGAAACGUUCAAGGCAUUCCACAGAAAUAG